CUCACAUUCCAUCAUCUCCACACACAAACCAUUCUUUGUUCUUCCUUCCUGUCAUAUUACAUCCUUUUCUUCACACACUCUUUUCAUUUUCACACACACUUUCCCUACCUUUCCAAUGGCCACUGUUGAGGUUGCACCAGCUGCUACAACAUUGCCAGAGAAUGAAACAACUGAAGUGAGGAAGCUCGAGACACCCGCAGAAGAGGUAGUGGCUGCACCAGCAGAGGCAGAGGCGGAGGCAGCCGAAGAAUCAAAGGAAGCAACAACUGAAGAAGAAUCGACCACCCGUGAAGUUGAAGCUCCUGUGGAAGCUGUUGAGACUAAGAAAGAAGUUGUAGAGGAAGCCAAAGUCACAGCCGAAGAGCCAGUGGAAGAGAAAGCAGAAGAGACUCCAGAGGUGGUGAAGAAGCCAGAGCCUGUUGUUGAGGAAACCAAAGAAGAAACUGCCGAAGCCACCGAUGCACCGGCAGCUCCAGCCCCUACUGAGGAAGCCGUUGCCAAAGAAGACAAACCAGCUGAAGCAGUGGAGAAAUCUGGCAAUGAAGUUCCAGUUGACAAGGCAGAGGAAUAGAGAAGGUGGUGCAGUAGUGGGGUUCCUUUAGCGUUGGCUUUUAUAUUUGCUGAGUUCUUUUUCAAACUUUAUUAUGUUAGUGAAUUAGUGUGAUCGUUAUGUUGAAUUAAGUUUUUGAUGGGGUUUGGAAGCUACACUUAGUAUUAAUCAAUCCCUGGGCUACAGAACACUGAUACUUGAGAUAUGGAUGUUGGUUCCAAGACGGUCAAUGAGUUUGAUAUGGUGUGUGUGUGAUGAGAGAUAUGUUUGUUUUUAGAUUUUCCAAUUAUAAUAAUACUAUAUAUUUAUGCUUUAAUAA